AUGCUCGGCACGGCUGCUGCCGCUUUCCUGGUUUUAGCCUCUACCACCUCCGCCUUCCUCCCCUUCAAUGAUGUCCCCAUGGAGGCUUGGAAUGAGGCUCAACUCUCCCAAGUCCUGCCCCCCGCCCACCCCGAACUCGUUGCAGCCAUGCGCGAUGCCGAGAGCAAAACCAGGCAUGUCUCGAAGCACGAUUCCGGAUACGGUCGCAUCAAAAUCACCACCCUCAUCAAUGUGACCACACCUACGCCGCCGUGCUGUGCUGAUACGAUAUCGUCGAUUGCUUGCCGGAGAUUGUAUAGCCACAAUCCGGCUCGGUUCCAGCAGAGAUGCGAGUACGACGCCGAUUUCUCGCUGAUCCAGUGCUGCAACACUUGCGGACUCGAGGGGGCUGAUACCCGUUAUGAGAAAUUCUUCGACAAGUACCAAUCCUCGCAGCAGUGCUACGACAGACACAGCGUCGACUUCUGCAUGCGCUUCUUGAACAAGGCCGACGUCUGGGGCCAGUCGAGCUGGUCGUGCGACGGCUCGUUCGCCACCCUCGCCUUCAGAAUUUGCCGUAGAACUUGUGGAUUCUGCAAGGCCGACCUCUACCGUACCAACGGGGGCAAAUACCAAGUGACUCCAUGUGGAAGGGCGCCAAAGGUUACCGCGGAAAUCAUCUAU